UUUCCCUUUUUCUUCCUUAUUUAAGGUGAACUUUUGAAGCAUUAUUUCUCUGUUUUCUCUUCAACAUUAACAUACAGAAUUAGUGGAAUGAAUGUGUGAAUUUGAUUUUGCUUCUUUCAGCCGGCUCUGUACUCGGAUUUUCUCUAAAUUUCCAGAAAAUUCACAGUAUCUGUGAGUUAAAAACUUAAAGCUUUUUCUUAUCUUGAAUAUAUCGAUUAAGCUUAUGUUCAUACCAAUGUUCUAUAAAUUAAGAAGAAGCUUCUAGUAACUUCAUUGUUGUUGACCUCAACCUGUUGUUUUCUUGGAAACUGAUUUCUGAGAAUAUGUUUAUGGAGAUGUGUUUAGGAUGUAUCUCAAAGUGUUUGAUCUUCACAAACUUGUAGUCGUACUUGAGAAGUAGUAGCUUAGUAGGAGAGCUUUAAUUUGGUAGUUGUAGUUUCAGUUAUAGAAUAUAGCUUUGGGUAAAUUGUGAUGGUAUCAGUAAUAUUUAUAGGCAAAAUUGGACCAAGACAUUAAACAGUGACUUGCCAUGAAAGUAAUUGGUUGUUGCCUUCUUUCUUCUCUUUUUGGUCUUUCUGUUUAGAUAACAGUUGUCAUUGUUACAAGUGUGUUGAAUCUGUCAAAGUAACUAUUCUUUAAGUGGUCACACUAAUCUCAAUCUAUGCUGCCUGUUGUGAACUGAAGUUGAAAUAUGCAAGGGCUGAAUAAUUUUGUACGUAAGGUUUAGGUCGAAAGGGUUUAAACAUAUAUCGCAUCAUAAUUUCCUCAAUUAUGCAAAAUGAAUAUUUUGUGUCAAAAUGUAUGUUUAAUGUUAGAUAGAAAAUGAAUAAUUUUAAUGAAUAUAUCGCAUCAUCCCCUCCUAGUGUUUCUAGGCCGCAUGUUGGAGAUUCUACCAUACCAUCAUCCCCAUCCAUUGAUACAUAUACAUCUGCUCCUGAUGAUACACAGACUCAGACUUUUGAAGAGAUUGUAUCAUAUGAUUCCCUUCAUAGACUAAUUAUCAUUCCUGAUGGGACUACUGGGUAAGAAAUUACUUUAUUAUUCGUUUGAAUUGUUGAAUAUAUUUUUAACAUAUGGUAAUUUUAAUGUAGGUUUGUUCCCUCCAAUGAAUCUACGAAGGUGGUUGUGGAUUGUGUUAAAGGAUUUUAUCGAGAUGCUUGGAUUAAAUGGUCAGAUAUACCAUAUAUUUACAGAAAUCAGAUGUGGAAUCAAUUUAGGACAAUGUGUGCAUGGAUUUCCAAAUAUCAUCAGCAAAUAAGUCAUAAUUUCGAGAAAAAGCUGCUGAUCGGCUUAAAAAUCUCCUUUAUAAAGCUCGACAGAAGGGCGAGAAGCUCGGUUGGAUGCUAAAAGACAUGUGGGAUAGACUUAUUGUGAUAUGGGCUUCUGAAGAAUUUAAGAAGAGGAGCAAUGCUGCAAAGGCUGCCCGAGCCUCCAAUACGGGUGACUCAUUGCACACUAGGGGUUCAAUUAGUAUGGAGAACAAUAGAAGGAGAAUGGAAAAGGAAAAAGGGAGACUUGUGACUUAUGCUGAGGUCUUUGAGGACAAGCAUUUGAAAAAGAAAAAGGAUGGGACAAGAGAAUGGGUCGAGCCACGUAUUGCGAGGGUAUAUGAAGCCUAUCAGCAACGUUUUGAGGAAUGGCGUCAUAGUCAACCCGAUUCCGAGGAUAGUAGCUCAACCCAAGUGUCACUCAAUGAUGUAGCUUCAAUAUGGACGCAGGUGGUUGGUGGCGCAAAGAAAGGUAGAACCUACGGUCUUGGAUAACAAUAUUCUGUAGGUCGUUCUACGACAUUGUUGUCGGGUGAUGCGAGUAAUUCGUACGAUCACGAAGAGGUGGAAGCAUUACGAAAAGAAGUUGAAGAAUUGAAGGAGGAACGGAAAGAAGAUCGCGCAAAUUUUAAAAAAUUGCAGAGUCUAGUGGAGAAAUUUAUGAGCGGACGUCCAUUUGCUCCUUCGAAUGGCGACGGUGGUAGGGAUAAUGAGUUUUAGUUUGUUAUGGUUAUUGAUGUUUGAGACAUUAUUAUUUGUUGUAGUUGGAUGUUUAGACUUGGUAAUAUUUACACUUGACUAUGAUUGUUAUAUUUUAGACUAGAUUGAAUGGUGCCAGAA